AUGAUGGUGCCGCGACCGAUACCCCCCACUGCUAGACCGUUACCACUCCCCUCUGAUCCUCUACUGUGCUCCCUCUGCUCCGCUCCCUGGUGCUCUGGCUUGCUUGUCAGUCUGUUCUCUUCUCCUCGCGGGCUCUCCUUGCAUCUCCCCAGCAGCCUCGCCCAGCCCUCCCUAGCCGCAUCGGGAUUCGCUCCGCAGCCAAACCUUUACGCCCCUACCUCUUCAUUGUCGACUGCUGGCUGCCUACACCGCAGCAGUCACCACCGCGCACUACCACUCUUUACUGUCCACCUCUACCAGCUUACCUUCACUCCUCCCUCGUUGCCCGUCUGUUUUCGCUCGCUGUGCGUGCGUGGGUCCGCGAAACGCGUUGUCGCCUAUCCAUCAGUAGGCGCCAGCACUACUCCUUUGGGCGAAUCUCAUUCCAUCUGGAAGAAGCCAAAAGUCUUUAAUCUCAAACGCUCCCCGUCGAAUCAGACAUCGCCAGAAUUCGAGCCCGCCAUCUUUCGCGCCCGCUCCAAACCCAGGACCACUUUCCCGGCCCCUUCUACGCUUUUUGGUUCAUCUUCCCUCGUCGACGCCAGGUAUUCUAGCCCCGCGGUCAAGCCAAAACACGUUCCCAUCGUCAUUCCAGAUUAUGCCCCGGUCGUGAAUCCUCAUCUCUCUUGUACAUCUAGCGGACUUGCCUCGUUGAGAUCUUCGACUGUUGUUUCCAGUGGACGUCCAAGCUUUUCUCUUCUCCCAUCACCUGACCAGAAAUCCAUCGGUGAUUCCUCGAGCGUUAAAUCCAGGCAUGUGGAGAUAGUGAUACCAGACUGGGCCAUACCGAUCAAAAAAUCACCUUGUUUGCUUCCAUCGCCAUCAUUUGAUACCCCAAUAUCGACCACUUGUGCAUUGCCCGCUGCGGAAUCGAGUCCGGCCAGUAUGGCUCGGCAGACGCCAAACACGAGCCGGACAAACACCAUUGAUUCGCAAACCUCAGCUCCAUCUCCAUCGCAAUUAUACCCAGAUACCUUCCGAAACGGAGGCGCUAAUUACACCUCGAGUGUCAACGGUAGCCAAACCAGUCUUCACGACCAAGAUGGCGAACGUCCGCCUGCGUUGUCAGCAAGAACACCAAAUCUUGGCAUAUCACCCGCUUUGAUGCAAACGGCCGGUCUAGGAACCCCAUCCAAUUCCAACUCCACUUCAGGACUAUCAGGUCUUGUCUGCAAUGUGCACAGGACGACAGGUCGCGAGCCUCAUCCUUUGGUGGGAGCGACCACUACAAUUCUAGGUGACAAACUCUAUGUGUUUGGUGGUCGUCGGCUAUCAAGGACAAGACCCCAGCUCACCUCGGAUUUGUUCGAGCUGGAUCUUAUCAAAAGACAUUGGACCAAAGUAGACGCGAAAGGCGAUAUCCCUCCCCCGCGGUAUUUCCACAGUGUAUGCGCACUUGGGGACACAAAACUCGUCUGUUAUGGUGGCAUGUCGCCGGCCAUGUCCAAUGCGUCUCAGCAGCCCAACCAAGCUGCCAACGUCAUGCAAGGAAAUCCAGCAGAUGGUCAGCCAGAAGUGAUUGUCAUGUCCGAUAUCCACAUAUACGACACGCUUACGAAAUCUUGGAUGAAUAUCACCACCAACGAUGCCCCCCAAGGGCGAUACGCUCACUGCGCGACUAUACUGCCCUCCUGCGCUUCUUUUUCCUCGGAAACAUCCACGUUGGCAGCUAUUCGUCACAAUCCCUCAUCGAGUACCCCCAACCAAGGAUCUAUUGGAGUGCAAUUGGAGGGGGAAGGUGGUGCAGAGAUGGUAGUUGUUGGCGGCCAAGAUAGUGCAAAUCACUACAUUGAACAGAUCAGUGUCUUCAAUCUUCGGAGCUUGAAAUGGACAGCAACCAAUAUGCUCGGAAGGAGCUGCGGCGCCUAUCGAAGUGUGGUAGCACCUUUGACCAGCAUGGAUCCUAACAAGAUUGGCACAAGUACACGGAAAAAGGGUGAACCAGAAAGUCCAGAAGAACAAGAUGCUUCAUCCAGGAGCCCGGGCGCUUCCAUGUUGAUAUACUCCAACUACAACUUUCUUGAUGUUAGGCUCGAACUGCAGGUGCGACAUCCGGAUGGCACCUUAUCCGAGAAGGCGAUGCAAGGGAAUUUUUCGCCGCCAGGUCUACGAUUCCCGAACGGAGGCGUUAUCAACAACCACUUCGUCGUCAGUGGUACCUUCCUGACAUCUUCAAAGCAAGAAUACGCACUGUGGGCACUUGACUUGCGGACAUUAAGCUGGGGUCGCAUCGAAGCUGGACACAAUAUCUUUAGCCAAGGCAGCUGGAAUCGGGGCGUUCUUUGGAGCAGGAGGAACAGUUUUGUUGUUUUGGGCAAUCGCAAGAGGAGCCUCGUGGAGGACUAUAACCACCGACGAAUCAACUUUACAAACAUAUGUAUCGUUGAACUGGAAGCUUUUGGCUUAUACGAUAACCCUCGUAAAGUUUCACCUUACUCGGGCUUCACUUCAGGAAGUGCGCCUAGACAGGCUGAUGGUGUCGACAUCAACGCAGGCGGGAGGUUGCUUUCUCCAGCGGCCGCCGAGCUAGGCCAAAUAGCAUUAGGUAUGCGUGAACUCGCGGACAUGGACUUUCUUGCUGUACACGGCGAACGUAUUCCGGUGAAUUCACAUCUUGUAGCCCGUCGAUGGGGCCCGUUCUUCAACCAGCUCCUUCGUGAGAGCUCCACGUCGGCCGAGAUGGCGGACACGGCCACGCUUCGCCCCACGACUGGAAUGAUGCAUCCUUCCCGCAACUCAAGUAUUACCAUCACACCUUCUAUCAGAACUGGCUACUCAACAGCUACGACGCUCACGAAUAACACAUCAACCCCAUCGGAAGCCUCAACGGCCACUGCUUCCUCCGCUACACACCCCCCCGAUCCCGUCACGCAACCACCCGCCGCAAGGUCCCGUACGCUAUACCUGCCACACACCCAUUUGACCCUGCAGGCUCUCAUACAUUACUUGUAUACUUCAUCUCUACCCCCGCAUACUUCACCACUUUGUACUCCACAGAUCCUGUGCUCUUUACUCCAGCUUGCUCGGCCGUACCACAUCGACGGUCUGCUUGAAGCCGUUAUCGAGCGUUUGCACAUUCUUCUCGAUAAUCGCAAUACUGCUGCUAUUUUCAAUGCAGCUGCCAUGGCGGCAGGCGGUGGUACUGGAGUGUCUUUCCUUGGCAUGAAUGGCACGACAAACGGCACAACCAACGGCUUUUUGGAUCCUUCCAACUCAACGAACGGUGGCUCAGAACGCUCGCUCGACCCAGCUCUACGCGCCCUCCGCCUCGACUCGGACUUCGAAGCGAAUCGUGAUGAUGACGUAAGAUCUGCAACUUCGGGGACCUCGUCAUCUCUCUCUGACAUGGGUGAUGGAAGCGGGGUCGGUAGCGAAAGAGAGAUCUGGAAUGGUGAGAUUAGUGCGGUGGUAGGCCUACAAAAGAGAGGAUUGCGAGGGUUGAUGGAAGGUCGACGAAUCAGGGAGAUGGGGAGAGGGAACAGUAGAAGCAGGGAGGAGGCAGGCCCCUCGAAUGGGGAUGGCGUUGGACUGGGCUUAAUGAACGGAUGA